AGAACAUUGUAUGGAUAUAAACUUAGUAGCCUUGUUGAUGUGUUGAUAAUAUCAAGGCAAUUUUGAGUUUGAAUACGCUUUUAAACAGGCAGUGGAAUCACUCGAACAUUAUUUUUGGGGUGAAGGACAGGAAUUGUACUUCUGUAUAUCUGGUUUGAUAAUGUCUGUUAAGGAAUCCGUUUGUUUCCGCGGGAUAUUGAUACCCUCAGCUUUAUUGACAGUGAUAGGGAUCGCCUUCCUCUGCUCAAUGGAUACACAGAUAUGGUUCAAACAAGCAAACCUACCGAUGUUUAGACAAGAGAAUCUACAACAACAAAAGAAAGAAUGCAGAACUGAUGUAUGCCGGACCUUACCAAAGCAUGCGUUAGAACAAAUCGAUAGGUAUAUGAUGUUCACAGAUUUCACAGAUUUUCUGUCAUUAGUGAACAUUUCAACAUCAGUGGUAACCAUACGGAAUGAUAAAUCGGACGUCAGAAUUGGAGAUGACGUCAUUGUCGACAUUGAUUUGUACAACGGUAGAGGAGAACGAGCAACUCGCGGAGGUGACAUGCUCAGGGUGUGGCUUCGAGAACCUACCCGUCAUGCAUCUGUAUCCGGUUAUGUAAUUGACCAUGACAACGGAUCAUAUACAGGAGUUGUUAAAGCAAUGUGGGCCGGCAAUCCAGAGUUGAUGUUUUCUAUUGCAAAUACGAAGGAACAUAUUGGAAUUUUCAUGAACAUUGUACAAAAAUAUGGUUUAAUUAGAUUUCUUCGAGCAGGAUUUAUAAAAGGAAAACUGACAGAAUCAACGUUAUGUAGCGUCAUACCAAACAUUCCGAAUGUAACAGAGUACUGCAACUUUACAUCCCAGAACUUCAACAUGUCCUUUUUCUGUGGAAAGCCAAAACAGAUGAACUGUGGAGACUGGACUGUGUAUGAAAGAGCUUCUAGAUAUUCCUGCAAUACGAAGCACACAUCCUUUUUUAGGAAUUAUAAGUAUUUCAGUAAAAGUUUAGGAAUGCUGACGGUAUCCACCGGUUCUGGUACUACAGGAGAGUCGGAUAUCCUCUGUCGUGACGUCAGCAGUACAAUAACAUGGCAGACGACUAACCCGACUGGCUUCUUUUACGACGGUAAAUGGCGGUCGUUAAUCUGCAAACCUGCGCUCUCAUGGACGUACGACUCAUACGCCAAGUGCUUAAAGAAUCGACCGGUUCUCAUGACAGGUGACUCUACCACAAGGAAUUGGUAUGUUCCUUUAGCCGCGCUGUUAAAAUUGCGCAUAUUUGUUGGACGUCAUGAAAUAAAGGACAAAGCAUGGCAUAAAUUUGCUGAAGCAGAAAAUAAGGGAAAAUCUUUAUCGAUGUAUUGGUCACCACACGAAAUCCCUUUCUACAGUUGGGAACAAAACAAAAACAACUUCCGGUCUGUAGCAUCACGGAUAGAUGAUUUGCCUGGAAACAAAAGCGCAAUCAUCAUAUUACAUUGGUACGGGCAUUUGACUAGAACAACUCCGAAACAGUAUAGAGAUCAUGUAACUAGUGCCAAACAUGCUGUAGUGCGUCAUUUGAAACGUUCUCCUCAUUCAAAUAUUUUCAUAAAAGGUCCUCACUCUUUCACAUACAAUUACUUUCUAGAACCAUUUGAUUACAUUAGUAGAGUUUACAGGCAGAUUCUGUACGAGGAGUUCAAAGACUUACAAGACAAAGUCUACUUUAUCGACCAAUGGGAUGCAACAGUUGGGAUGGAAAAUUUAGACAUACACCCGAAAGCUUCACUUAACCCGAUUAUGGCUAAUUUCGUGUUCUCUUUUAUUUGUGAUUGAUUCCGCGAAGAUUUCGGCUGUUAGUUCAAGUCUAUUGCGGCAAAGCCAACGAAACAAUCAGUAAACUCUUGAAAUGUGAUUAUAAUAGUCUACGGAAUGUUAAAAUAAUCCUUCUGUCUUACUUCUAAGUUAUCCAUUCUUGAAUGUAUAGGUGUAUGUUCUGUUUAUUGUAAACAUAAAUAUCUUAAACACAAAAGUGAUGACGUUAUAUAUACAAGAACUAACAACAAUUCUUUGCGGUUGUUGGUUUUGUAUUCAUUCCAAGACAACAGAGAAUACUAACAUAGCAACGUAACCGUAAUUCUAACUAAAAAUAGAACAAACGAUGGCAAAAUAUUUUCAAAAUUAACGUGUGCAUGAUGAGGAGCACCUGUGAUCGGUAUCUUAAAGCUAUUGUUUUCUUUUCAGAAACAAGUAUGGCUAAGUCCCAAAAUACAUGUUACUACAUUCCACUGUUAUUUUGCAUCAUUUCAGCUGAAGUGUAAAAUUAGAAAUAUCACAGACUCACCAGCGUCUUGUUCGGCAUCAAAUUACACUCAUAAAGACAACAUUAAAAGGUGAUGUAUUUCAUUGAAUACAGAUUAGUAAAGAACGACCUUUGGGGCUAAUAUAGUACACACUCGCCCACAUAUGUUACUAUCCACGUCAAUAGAGGUUAUUUACCUCACUCAGUGGUUUAUUUUAAGAAGAGUUUCCUGAAAAUAGUAACCAUACAAAUGAUUCAUGCAAACUGUGCUACCCGAGACUUGUAAAUUUAAGUGUUUUAAAGGUAACCAUACAAACUGUGCUACCCGAGACUUGUAAGUGUU